ACGCAUGGAUGAAAUUAUCCAGUGGAAUUAUCAAAGCGUCAGCUGUGUGGUGGGAUAAAGGCGUCUGCAAGAUUGCGAGUGACAGGUUGGCAAAGUGACACAUUGCCCUCCCAUUGCGAAACGACGAAAGUGAUGGUUUAAAAUUAUCGAUCAAACAAAGGUAUGGAGGGAGGAAUCAUGGAGAGUCCUCAGAGGACGAUAGAAUCAACGGAUUCCGACGAAGCUGCUCUACAAGGAUGCUGUGGCCCAAAGAAACCACUCUACAGAUUUCUGGGACUGGCAUUAAUGUGCCUUCUUGGUUUUGGGUCAUAUUUCUGCUAUGACAACCCUGGAGCACUGCAAGACAACUUCAAAAGUGACCUAGAUCUGACAACUAGCAAAUUUGUACUACUCUACUCCAUUUAUUCAUGGCCAAAUGUGAUCUUCUGUUUUAUCGGGGGAUUCUUACUUGACAGCGUCUUCGGCAUAAGACUUGGCACGGUUAUAUACAUGGGACUAACUCUCAUUGGUCAAUUUAUUUUUGCUUUUGGCGCAUACACUGAUGCAUUCUGGGUAAUGAUGCUCGGAAGAUUUGUUUUUGGAAUUGGAGCAGAAUCUCUAGCAGUUGCACAGAACAGUUAUGCGGUAUUGUGGUUCAAAGGAAAGGAGUUGAACAUGGUAUUUGGGCUACAGCUCAGCUUUGCCAGAGCUGGAUCUACCGUCAACUUCCUGGUAAUGGAGCCCAUAUAUAGCUGGGUGGCGGAAUUUUAUUCAGGAUACAAGUGCAUAGGUAUUGUUCUAUUCCUUGCAUCAAUCACUUGUGUCGGAUCAAUGAUUUGUGCCGUACUACUGGCAUUCAUGGACAAACGUGCGGAGAGAUUGUUGAGACGCGGUGAAGGUGUCACACCCGAAGUGGUUCGACUAACAGACUGUAAAGACUUCAAAGGGGUAUUUUGGCUGGUAGCCGUAGUCUGCAUAGCUUAUUAUGUUGCUAUAUAUCCAUUCAUCGCCCUAGGAAAGGUUUUCUUUAUAAGAAAGUACGACUAUUCGCCAGCUGCCGCCAACAAUGUCAAUUCUCUAGUCUACUCAAUUUCGGCAUUUGCUUCACCGUUACUGGGCUACCUAGUCGAUAGAUUGGGAAAGAAUGUUUCUUGGGUUUUUAUAAGCAUUUUAGGUACCAUUGUAGCUCAUGGAUUGCUCACCUUCACAUUCGUAAAUCCCUACAUCUGCAUGAUUACAUUGGGUCUGUCAUACUCCAUGUUGGCGAGUGCUCUCUGGCCUUUAAUCGCUCUUGUUAUCCCUGAGUACCAAUUAGGAACAGCAUAUGGAAUCGCUCAGUCUGUGCAGAAUUUGGGAUUAGCAGUGGUAUCAAUAUUAACUGGCAUGAUAGUGGAUUCUGGUGGAUACUUUAUGUUGGAAAUGUUUUUCUUGGCAUGGUUAUGCGUUUCCCUUCUUGCCACUAUCGGAAUUUGGCUGUCUGACAUUACAACGACAGGCGGUUACUUAAACAUGACUCCAGGUCAACGUGAGAUUCACGAUGGCGGAUGCAAACAGGUAGAAGCUACGGAAAGAGCAAAAUUACUGAAUUCAAGCUCAACGUCAGAUUUAUCGACGGACGAUUUACUACUGCCACACUCGGACAUUCAUAUACGGAAUCGAUAUUUAUCACGAAUAGGAGCAAACUUGCCAGCAGCUUCCAUAGGCCCCGCGUACAGACCAUUACGAUGAUAACAUUAGUCUUGUGUUUGACGUAAAAUUUAGCUAAAAAACAUCUGUGUAUAAAGAGAAACUUGAGCUGAAAAUUUAUAUAAGAUUGGAUCUACACUUGGCUCACUAUGUCUUCCCAAAUGAUUAUUCGGAAUAUAGUUUACUGUGAUACACUGAAAGAGUACCAAAUGCAGGUUUAAGAAUGUAGAUUGCACCCGAUUCAGUGUGACUGAUGUACACAUACCUACAUGAAAAUUACCGCUUUACUGAAUGUGUUGGUCUUUCCACAAAAUAUUGACUGCUAAUUUGAGGACAAAAUGAAAAAUAUUCUACCUUAGUGUCGUGAUUAUUUUUUCUAUGCAAAUGAAACUGAAGAAAACCAAGAAAAAAAAAAUCGAAAUAAACCAAACGCAAAUUAUCUUCUUUGCGUCUAAUUAAGUAAGCUAUUGUAAAGUAAAAAAUCAGUUUUUAAUUUAUAUUAUAUAAUGCAAAGUGUAAUUGUAAAAUGAAUGACUUCAUCAUGAUGUACCAAGUUUAGCUUAAAUUAACUAGUAUGAAAAUAAACACUUACAUUAUAUUAUA